CUCAAAAGUCGAACCGAAAAACUCAAAAACAACAAAUAAAAUCAUGCGUAGUAAAAUAAAUAUUCUAGGUUCACCGGUCAAUAAUUGCGAAGAUAGUAUUGUUUCUCAACUAAAAGAGGAUAAGAAAAAUGUAAAAAGACUUAAGAAAGACGACAAUAGAAGUGAUAAUAAAACAAAUAUUAAUCAUGUUAUAAUAGAAAAAAUAGGUCCGCAGUUUCUGGAUGGUGUCACGAAGCUUACAUAUGUUCCGGGAUAUAAUGGUGAUUAUAUUCGAUUCGAUGAAAUAAUUCAAAAGAAUCAAUUGAAAAGCGCGUUUUUUUGCGCGAUGACUAUAGAAUUUUCGUGGCUACUUGAAAAUUUACCAAAAAACAUAAGUAUAGUCGUAGCUAAACAUUGGGAUCCUGAAAAUGGUGAUUCGCAAGGAGUAUUCUGUAUACCCAAUACAAAUAUAUUAUUAGUUCAUCCUCCAAUGUCAAGUAUGGGACAUGGAUGUUUUCAUGCUAAAUUAAUGAUAUUAAUUUAUGAUGAGUGGAUACGUGUCGUCAUUUCUUCUGCUAAUUUAAUUUCUCAUGAUUGGGAAAUUUCUGAAAAUAUUGUCUUCAUACAAGAUUUCCCAAGAUAUAAUGAAAAUAAUAUAAUUAAUAAUGAUCUUCACUUGUUUGCGAAAGAAUUAAAAGAUUAUUUAUUAGCUAUGGGAUUAAAAUCUCAUAUUAUAGAUAAGCUUCCUCAAUAUGAUUACUCAAAAGCAAAGGCGAUUAUUAUACCUUCCAUACCUGGAGCCUAUAAGGGUAUUGAUGAUGUAAAGAAAUAUGGUCAUGGAAGAUUAUCUCAGAUCGUAAAGAAUAUUUGUGAAUACGAAGAUGUUGAAUUAGAAUGUCAGUCUUCAUCACUUGGUUCGAUUACUCCAGAAUUUUUAAAUGAAUUUUAUAGGUCAGCUAAGGGUCUUGAUCCGUAUAUUAUCCCAAAACAACGUAAAUCAAAAAGAGAUAAAGAACAAUUUGAAGAGAAUGAAUCUCCAGGACCAUCGCAACCAUCGCAACCGUCACAAUCACCACAAGCGUUACAACAACCACAACCGUUACCUCCUAUCACUAUUGUUUUUCCAACUAAUAAGACGGUUUUGAAUUCAAAAUAUACAUUUGCGGGAGCUGGACCUUUGUGUUUUUCUAAGAAAUGUUAUGAACAAAUAACAUUUCCUAAAGAAAUUUUAAGGAAAUGUGAAUCGAAUAGAAAUGGAAUAUUAAUGCAUACAAAAUUCUUAUUAGCUAGAUUUAUUCGGCCAUCACCAGAUCAAUUAGAGGAGAAGCGAUUGUUGGAACAAGAACAAAACCGACAAAUUAAGAUUAACAAAAGAAAGAUUAUCAAAAAUAAAUAUGAUAGUGAUGAAUCUGCAACUGAUUCUGAUGUAGCAGAUGUAGACAUACAAGAAACUAUUACGGAAGAAAAUAUUUUAGAUUUAUCACAAGAUACUGUAACUGAUGAUGUACAUGAUGUACAAGGAGAUAAUAACAUCGUAGGAUGGUAUUAUUGUGGAAGUCAUAAUUUUACAGAAUCCGCUUGGGGAAAACUCAAUGUAUCAAGAGAUACAAAGGAAAUUCAGCUAAAAAUUUAUAAUUGGGAAUUAGGAAUAUUUCUUCCGAUAACUAAGUUACGUGAUGAUGAUGAUAAAGAAAAUAAUAUAGGUGAACAAAGAGAUUGGUUUAGAGAUCAUGGGGUACCUGUGUCAUACAAAAGACCUCCAAACCCUUAUGAAGAAAGUGAUAUCCCUUGGUAUUUUUUAUGGUCUCUAGUUUUCUCUUGGGUGGUAAUAGAUGUCUAGAAUGUCUAGAGUUAUAAAAUAGAAUAUAAAGUAAUGGCAAGAAUAUUAAAAUGAUAAUUAUAGAAUAAAUAUAUAUUCGCUAGAUUUAAUAUUUUCAGAAUACUCCAAUUAUUAUUAACUCUAAGAUAAUAAUCUAAAAUUUAUUAACAUAUACAAUAAGAAUAUUUUAUUUUAUUUUUUUUUUCUGAUAAGAAAAUAUAACUUACCAUUAUUACAUGUAAAAAUUACA